AUGGCUUUACCAAAAUCGCAGAACUUCACGACGUCACCAGUGUUCUGGACAAUUUUGAAUGCUUCAUUUCUUCUAAUUUCCCUGCUGUGCCUCGCGGCAUCUUUUCAAUUACGCAAAGACAACCAUGGGACGAGGAACUCGGCCCUGAAACGGGUAUCAACAGCCUAUUCAGUCCAGUUGGACAUCAGGAACAAGCCUGGAAACACAACACUACUGCUUGGCUCAUCUCCCAGUAUUUACCGCCAAGAUCCCAGCCACGCUGUCGAUGUAGCCUGGGAUAGGCUUGGCGAUCUGCGGCUCAUACCGCUGACCGCGGAUGAGGUGAAGGCUAUUGGGAAAGAUCCCAAGGAUGUGGUCAAGUUUCCAGAGAGCUUUGGGCUCGGCCAGGAUGCAUACGCCGGAAGAGUAGACGUCUUCCACCAGAUCCACUGUCUCGAUACUUUGCGGCGAGAAGUGUACUUUGAACAUUAUUACGGCAGUGUGUACCCAGGUGGUUUCAACCAAACAAGUAAAAUGCACAGGUUGCAUACGAGCCACUGCAUCGAGUAUCUGCUCCAAAGGGUCCUCUGCCAGGCCACCAGCGACGUGUACACGCACAUGUGGACUGAUGGAGUUGAACACCCUUUCCCUGACUUCAGCGUGGAUCACAAGUGCCGGGAUUUCGAGUCACUCAAAGAUUGGCAUGAUAAGAAUGCCGUUGACGUGGACAAUUUUGUGAAAUUGAAAGCGCCUCCUGAGGCCAAGGUCCAUCGAAUGUCAAGAGAGUUCAAGGAGCUGCACGGAUGGUUCAAGGACCACGAGGAUACGGGCUCGCACGGCGAUGAGAUCGCAUGA